GUGUCUCUGGUGAACUGCAGAACGGGGUUUAAAACAGGUUGUUACCCGCGAGAAAUCACGUGAUCAAAUGCGGAAAUUGUACCGAUAGAGAAAGUGCAGCGGAGAAAAAAGACGGGCGUGUUGGUUUUGUGUUUUGAGCUGCUUGUGGCAUUAGCUGGACUCCCUCAGUACCCAAAACAACCCUUCUUCUCCGGCGAGCAAACGACGGGCGAGGUUAUCUUUGUACGAACUACACCUGUCGUGCACAAAGUAAGGGUUGUUCCGAGGUCAGGUUGCUGACAUGACGAGGCUGUGACAGUGUGUGUCCAAGUGAGUCUGUGCUGGACCAAUCCCUGGGACAUGGCCGCUGCAAAGAAGAGUGGUGUGAAGACGGGAGGCGUGCGCUUCUCAGAGGAACCCCCCGCUGCCGGAGCCCCCUCGCAUGUUCACUUCGAGGAGAAGCUGCAUGACUCCGUUGUGAUGGUGACACCGGAGGAUGACGGCAACUUCAUGGUCAAGGUCGGCUUCUUAAAGACGCAGCACCGCUAUGAAAUAGUGUUCACCUUGCCUGAAGUCCCAGCUCUGGGGAAGGAUGUGUGUCCAGCACCGGUGCCCAGUCCACAUCUCCGGAUCACUGAUAUCACACCCGCACCAGAGGGAGGUCUGAAGGUGACGUGCGAGUACAUGGCCCAGCACGAGGGCGUUCUGUGCGAGGAGGUGCUGCUGCUGAGCGAGACCAACGAGGACGUCUGUGUUAAGGUCAAAGUUCACGCCAGAGUCAUGGACCGUCACCACGGUACGCCCAUGCUGCUGGAGGGAGUUCGCUGCAUCGGGGUGGAGCUGGAGUACGACUCUGAACAGAGCGACUGGCAGGGCUUCGAUUAAAAUAUCCUGUCGUCCUUCCACCCAAAUAUACACACACACACACACACACACACACACACACACACACACACACACACACACACACACACACACACACCUCUGCCAUCAUAGACCCACAUCCCUUCAAAGUUACAUUUUGACCCCAUUUUCCCCCGAAUACAAAAGUGUAAAGAUAAAAAAGACUUAGUGCCACGUUUCAAACAGUGAGUCAGUGUCCAGGUUUGGGAUUCAGAAGGUCAUUUUACUUCCUGAGAACAUUUACAAAACAAACAAAAAAAAAAAUCCCUCAUCAUCAGCAUCCGAAUGGAGAGUUUGUUGUUGUUUUUGUUGACUCAACGCCCUCCAGCUCUCCGUUUUUUUCUCAGCCUGUGCUUUCCUCACUCGACCUCCAGAGGGCAGCAGCGCUCUUUGGAUCAGUGCAGCCUCAGAUCCUUUUUAAAAUCUCUCAGCCCCCCCUCCCCCCCCCCCCCCCCCCCCCCCCCCCUCAUGUUAACUGUCCAAACUGUAUCCAAAAAAGGAUGACUGAGUGGGAGAACACAAGGGCUCUUUAAUUCUUGAAAUAGUUUGGAAUUGAGCCUGAAGGAUUCACAAGAGGAAGGUGUUAAAUGUAUUUGUAAUGUCUUUGUUCAACCACAAGGGGGCUCUGCAGACCAGUGACAGUAAUGCUCCUCCUGUGGUCUCGUUCAUCAUUUUAAAGGAAGAGUCCGUCUUCACUGUUUCAACAGGUGAAGCUUCAUGCAGUUCAUGAUUUUUCUUUUCUUUAUUUAAAAACCUUUUUUUCUUUUGUGCUCUCCUGAUUACUUCUCCCGACUUCUCUUUUCUGCAUAUCCUCAGCGAUCGUGUGUGAAUUCAUGACAUCAGGAUUAUAACGAGGAAACUAGACACUAAUGGCUCAAAGCAUGCAAACAGAUGAUGUGAAACAUUGAUCUCAAAGUGUGACUCACUCUUCGCUUUUAGCUUUGUAGAUUCAAAUCUUUAUUUGUGUGUUGAUGUGUUUUCUUCGUCGAUGUAUCAUAGCCUAAAUUUGUUUUUUUUGUUUUUUUCUACCGUUGAUGCAACCAAACAGGAUGUUUGAGGCUCUUUGAAGGUGUGACUGACAUUUUUUUUUUUUUUUUCAGAUUAUUGAAACAUAAUCUUGCUUCAAAGUGUUUGGGACGGGUUCGAUCCGUCUCGGUUGGUUUUACUUUCUUUGUCUUUGUUCUGACUUCAUGAAGCCUUCAGAACACAGAACUCAAGUGCCUUUCAUUGAACCUGUACUGUUUGUCAUUUCACUCGAGCCUGAUGUGGUUUUUUUUUUCUUCUUUUUUUCUACUGUAGCUCCUGUCACACACGCCGACCCGACACUGCGCUCUUUAUUUUAAUUCACGCUUUAAAAAAAAACAAAAAAACAUUGUGCCAUGAUGUGGCUCCUUCCUGUCAUCACUCUGAUUUCACAUUUCAACACUUUUGUUUUUUUUUUGUUUCUUUUGACAUCCUGUUGGAUCCAUCAGCCUUAAAGGAGACGACUCUGUGUGUGACUUUUCUCUCUCGGUGUAGUGCAGAUUAAAUCGAUGUUUGCCUGCGUGUAAUAAAGGUCAAAGAAUGUUUGUUCCUUGUUAGUGUAAAACUGAAGCUUUCGGUAGGUGAUAGAUUCAGAGUGUAGCUGUUUAUUUGUUGAUAUCUGCUCCCUGUGUGCGUGUGUGUGUGUGUGUGUGUGUGUGUGAUUUGUUUGUUUUAAUGUGAAAAGAUGAAUAAAAGUUUGUGUUU